AUGGGCUCCAAAGCCUCAAAAAUAACGAAAGCAGCAGCACCAGCUUGCGCUCGAAAAUAUCCCACUCGUAUCCCCGACCUCCCCUCGUCACAGACCACUACUUCAACGGGCCCGUCUUCAAUCUCAGUCGGCAAAGGACCCUCAGUACACCCAGAGACAUAUGCUAGUUCCACCAAAGACGAUGCGAUUCGACAGGAUGCUCAGGACCCCGACUUUGCAAAUAUGCUACGGGCUGUAGGGUCAGUGCAGCAGCAGCAGACGAUCCCAGAUCCAGCGAGAAACGUGGCUUUGAACUCGGAGAGCUCUAAUGAUCUUCGGACACUGUCGCGCCGAUCGAUGUUCGAUAGCCGGCAGGCGAGCGAGACAGAGACGACAAAUGCAGGUGGAAACCGCACGAUGGCAGAUACGAGUACGAUAUUACAGAUACUGUCGCUGAGGGAUGAGAAAGGUUGGAGUCCCGAAAGGAUUGAGAAGGAUUUUAAGCUGGCGCCAGGAUUCCUGAAAAGGUUGGGAACAAAAGUUGCGAAGCCGUAG